AUGGACAAGAUCCCGCUCAACUACGAAGCCUCAGAAGGCGACACCCACAAGCAGCUGACCGACGCGCUGCCCCCCGAGGUGGUCCAAUGCCUCGAGAAUGCCCAAUUCCUCCAUCUUGCGACGUGCGCCGACAACGUGCCUCACGUCUCCCUCAUGAACUACACAUACCUCCCGUCCUCGCCCUACUCGUCCCGCCCCGUCAUCGUCAUGACCACCAACCCGGCCUCUCGAAAGACGACCAACAUCAUCGCGAACCCCAACGUCUCCCUGCUCGUCCACGACUGGGUCUCCCACCGCCCGCCGACCCACACCCGCCGACCCUCCGGAGGUUCUCCCGGCCCCGAGCACCGAUCCAGCCUCGCCUCCCUCCUCCUGAACCUCAACACAUCUGCCAUGUCCAGCAUCAGCGCCACCAUUGGAGGUGUCGCGAGACUGGCCCCGCCUAGCUCCGAGGAGGGGAAGUUCCUCAUCGAGAAGCAUCUGGAGAAUAACACCUUCGAGGACACCGAGCCCCUAGCCCGCCAGCAAAUCAACGCAGGGGGCAACGGCGGCACAACGGGCCACUUUGUGACCGGGGAGGAGGUGGGCGUCAUCGUCGUGGACAUCAAGGACGUGAGAAUCAGCGAUUGGAAGGGAACGGUGAGGGACUGGGCCCUGAUUUCCGAUUCAAACCUGGCCAAUGGCACGGGCUAA